AACGCUUUUUACAAACAAUUCACCCGGCCAGUGUUUUUCCUGUGUGUAAAUCGAAUAAAACGUGCUCCACAAUGCCUGCUGACGAAAUUCAGUACUCGGACAAGUAUUACGACGAUGUGUUCGAAUAUCGACACGUUAUACUGCCGCCGGACUUGGCGAAACUCGUUCCCAAAACCCACCUCAUGACGGAGACCGAGUGGCGUAAUUUGGGAGUGCAGCAGUCGCCCGGAUGGGUGAUGUAUAUGGUACACGCACCAGAACCACAUAUCCUGCUAUUCCGGCGUCCUCGUGCGGCAGUGCCACCGGAACAGCCUUAAAAUCAUUAUUUAUGUUUGGACUUUUGUUACUUUGAGUGUUCUCCGAUCUCAUUACCAUUCCUAUUGUUGUACACGCGGAAUCAAGCUGCAACCAGUUAUGAACUACAAAAAUUAUUCAGCCGCAAUGAAUAACCAGCAGCUGAAGAAAUUAGAUUCCAAUUAAGUGUUUCUUAAUCUGAGAACUUCGCCCCGAGCGGCUGCUCUACCACGAGAGCACCUCUAGGGCGGCAUUAGAAUAAGUACAUGUAAAACCAAAACGAUUGCGAAAACAAUUACCAUGGACUAUAGCGCAAAGCGGAAAAAAUAUAAAC